AAAUAUACUCUUUGUUGUGUACGAAAACUUAAUUCAUCUACACUUUACUUCUAACGUGUAAAAGUUAAUUUUUUCAUAAAUUAUUAAUUAAUUUUUUAGCUGCUAUUGUGUAAAAUGGAGUUAACAUUGAAUGUAUUUACAUUGAACUGCUGGGGUAUUCCAGUUAUUUCAAAGAAUCGAAAAGAGAGAAUAGAGGCGAUCGCAGACUAUUUAUCAAAAGCUCCUCACAAUAUUGUUUGCCUUCAAGAGGUUUGGAGCGAAAAGGACUAUUUGUAUUUGAAGGAGCAUCUACGAAUUAAUCUCCCAUUUUCACAUUAUUUUUACAGUGGUGUUCUUGGUUCUGGCCUGUGUGUGUUUUCAAAAUGGCUUAUCCAAGAUGUAUUCUUUCACCAGUGGCCGCUUAAUGGCUACAUUCACAAGAUACACCAUGGUGACUGGUUUGGAGGCAAAGGCAUUGGACUGUGCAGAAUCAAAUGCAAUGAUAGACUGAUUAAUGUGUACUGCACUCAUCUGCACGCAGAAUACAAUGUAGAUGACAUAUACUUAGCCCAUAGAGUCUUACAAGCAUAUUCCACUGCAGAGUUUGUCAACCUGACCACACCACCAGCAGAUGUCUCCAUAUUGGCUGGAGACCUCAAUACUGCUCCUGGGGACAUAUCUUUCAGGUUAAUUUCCCAGCUACCAUCGUUAGUGGAUCCAUGUAUUCUAAGUCAUUGUAAGGAUGGAGCUGUUAAACCCGCGGGAACCUGCGAUAAUAUUAACAACAGUUACUCUGAUCCUGAACUAGUCAAAACAUGUCCAGAAGGGAAGAGAAUAGAUCACAUUCUGUUCAAUGUGCAUCCAACAUUAGAGGCUGACGUCGUGAACUUCGGAAAUCCUUUAGAAGACAGGGUGCCUGGAAAAACGUUCUCCUAUUCAGACCACAAUGCUGUCGCCUUAGAACUUAAAGUAAAAUUUACUGAAAAAUUGAAACAAAGACAGCAAAGCGCCGAAGAACGUUUCCAAGAGACAAUUGAUGAAGCUAUUAAAAUCUGCAAAGAAGCUACCAUAGCUAUAACGAGUACAAAAAAACUGUUUCUGACAACUGGCAGUCUUAUAUUCAUUUUUCUAUUAGGCUCUGUUGGCUUCUGGCCGAAUAACUUAAUAAGUGAUGUAUUGAAAAUAAUAAUGACAGGAAUUUGCAUGUAUUACAUUACUAUGGGGACUUUAUGGAACAAAAUUGAAAUGAACAGUCUCAAAGCUGGAUUAUCUGCUAUGGAAAAUUUCAGAACAAGCAGAAGGGAUGUAAAAUGGUUCGAUUAAUUCAAAUAGGAAGCAAAUGGCAACUUGUGGGUUUUUACCAAUGAUUUUAAUGAUAAAAUUAUGUAUGGACUUUGAAUGUAAGCAAAUAAUAUGAAAUGUACUUAUCAGUAUUUUUAUACGUAACUUAAUAAAUACCAUAUCAAUUUAGCUGUAUCUAUAGUUAAUAUGAGAUUAUGAUUACUAUUUUUAUCAUAUGUUUAAUUUUAUUUAAUAAAUAAAAUGCUAAUAUAUACAUUCCCAGUAAUCAUUAAAAAGUAAAUAACUUACUGAUCAUAAAAUAAGUAAUUUAGGCCAUAUUUUUAUGUAAUUUAUAUGUAAAUAAGUGUUAAAAUGUUCUAAAAUUAUGAAGCUCAGAAAUUAUUAUGCAAUCAAAUGUGAUAUAAUGUCUAAAAGCCAUUUCUAUGUACGUAUAGAUUAAUUUGUAAUAUACAAGUAGAUUAAUAUCGCCUAACAGAAUCAAGCUGUAACAAAAAUCACAGUAUAAACUAAAAGUAAAACUCAUUUAAUAUUAUUAUGUGUUAACACGAUUAAAUCAUGUUAUUUUGAUGACUCUUUGAAUGUUCAGAGAGAAAAAAAACAUAAUAUAUAAGAAUAUCAGUUUAAA